GAAAAACGUUUGCCAACGCAUUCCAAAAAUAUCGUACCCGCUCAUCUGAGAGACAAGUCAGUUUGGGUUUUAUAUCAGUUUCGAGAGAUUACAUCGGAAAUUCGAUUUUUAUUUUGUUUUGUCGCGACUCACGUAAACACUCGAAAGUAAAAUGAGCGUGGUAGGUUUUACGGACAUUAUCCAAGGACCUUUAGCCCAAUACGUUCAAUAUUCCCAACAAAUUGGCGGGGAUGUCGCCCAACAUUGUCAAUUGGUCCAGCAAGCAUUUAAAGCGCAACUUCAAUUUCUUGAACUGGCAAGCCAGUCGAGCAAGCCUACGAAUCCCAACGAUUUGGUGAUUUUUUUGAAACCGACCAGCGAUAUUAUUGCGACCAUUCAAGAUUUUCGCGAAAAACAUCGCACGUCGCCCUUUUUCAACCAUUUAUCGGCCAUCAGUGAAAGCAUCCCCGCGCUGGGAUGGGUAGCUGUGAGUCCGGCACCUUCCCCUUACGUCAAAGAAAUGAACGACGCCGGUCAGUUUUACACCAACAGGGUCCUGAAAGAUUGGAAAGAGAAAGAUAAACGGCACGUGGAUUGGGUUAAAGGGUGGGUUCAAACUUUAACGGAACUUCAGGCGUACGUUAAGCAGUAUCACACCACCGGUCUUGUGUGGGCCGGAAGAAAUGUACCGAUUGGGGUCCCGCCACCGCCUCCAUCAUGCCCUUUGCCUCCGAUGGACAAUUUCUUACCCGCAGCCGACGUUGCUGGAAACGAUAGAUCGGCGCUUUUCGCGGAAAUUAAUAAAGGGUCCAGUAUAACUCAAAAUUUGAAAAAAGUCUCUCCCGAUAUGCAAACGCACAAAAAUCCCUCGCUCAAACAGGGUGGUGGUCCAGCUGCUUACAAAAUUUCGGGGGUAAAUUACAGUUCGGGAGCGCAACAAGUCGAUAAGCCCCCUGUAUUUACGAGGGACGGAAAGAAAUGGGUUAUCGAAUACCAAAAGGGCAACCAUAAUUUAGCGGUUGAAAACGCGGAAAUGAACAACGUAGUGUAUCUGUUUAAAUGUUUCGAUUCAACGGUAACUAUUAGAGGUAAAAUUAACUCCGUGGUUAUAGACUCUUGUAGAAAAACGGCAGUCGUUAUUGAUUCUAUUGUGGCUGCUGUUGAAUUUAUCAACUGUCAAUCCGUGCAGAUGCAGAUGUUCGGAAAAGUUCCGACGAUAUCCAUCGAUAAAACUGACGGUUGUCAAGUUUAUCUAAGUGCCGAGUCUUUGGACGUGGAAAUUGUAUCGUCGAAAUCAUCGGAAAUGAACGUUUUGGUCCCCAAAGGGAAUGGUGAUUAUGUCGAGCUGCCGGUGCCUGAGCAAUUUAAAACCACGAUCCUCCCUAAUAAAACGUUACAAACCGUAGUUGUGGAAAAUAAGGGCUAAGAAUUGGACAGAAAUACUUUUAAUUGUAUUUAUCGUGUUUAUUUUAACUAAGCA